GAAUGCCAUCCGUCCGUACAUAAGUGUCCUGUGUGUUUUUUUCUCUCUUAACGCCUUUGCUCCCUUUUAUUUGCCUGUUCCCUUUUUCUGUCUUGUGGCUACAGACACUUUAGAUAAAGCGCUUCAUUGAUAACUUCCACAACCUUUGAGGAUAGAAUGCCUUAAAAGCUAUGCUGGAUGGGUUGGGGUCUGUAGACCUGGAUUUCUUAUCAAACAAGAGUAAUGUUUCGACAAAGGAUGCCGUUCUCACAGCUGCUCUUAGCCGCAGUGCUUGGGGUCGCUGGUGGAUUCUACAUCUACAGACCUUAUUUUGAGUCUCAACCAAAGGGCCUUGAACACCAAAACCAGGAUGUGCCAAAAAAAGGAAAUGACACGGACUGAGCAGAUCACCACUCCCAGGAAACACUUCAUAGAAUGAACAAUUACAACCGGUGAUGCAGGACUGGAAGCAAAACAAAACUCAAACCAGUGUGGAUAAUUUUCUGCUAUUAUGGGUUACCCUGCGUAAUGAUAAGAUAAAAUAUUUUAUUCUCUGACAUCACUUUAACAUGAUUUAAAAUGCUGUGACUCUUCAGUUUUAAACACCCUCCUGCCUUACAAUUAUUUGUAAGAAAUCGUUUGUAAAUGCAAAUGGUGUCAAGUGAUUUGUGAACUAAAAAAUAAAAAUGUUUUCUCAUGUUGAGUGAA